AAAAAAACAAAAGGGUUAUACACCCCUCCCCUUCCCAGUCAGAAAUAGAAGCAAACGGAAUGGAGCUGGCUGAUUGUGUGACACAGUGUUAAAGAAAAGAGAGAAACAAACAAACGAACGAACGAAGACGACAUAUAUUACUACAGCCUGUACACUAGAACACCCGGUUGUUGAUUUCCAUAUUCUGUGACGCAGCAAGGAAUGCGUUUUGUAAACAUCGUGGGUGAAGAAGGGAUAACGCAAUAGGGACAGACUAGAAGAAAAGACGAAACAACUAGACUAAAAGAGACUGAAACACUGAAUACGUUUAAGUUCAAGUGAAAACACUGUGUGGCAAUGGAUUAUGUAGCUGGAUGUCUCGGAGGUGCUGUAGGUGUCCUCGUCGGUCACCCGUUUGACACGGUCAAGGUCCGACUUCAGGUUCAAAAUGUAGACAAGCCUUUGUAUCGCGGGACCUUCCACUGCUUCCAGUCGAUUGUACGACAGGAGUCUAUUCUGGGUCUGUACAAAGGCAUCGGCUCCCCUAUGAUGGGCCUGACCUUCAUCAACGCCAUCGUUUUCGGGGUGCAGGGCAACGUGAUGCGGCAGCUGGGGCGGGACAGCCCGCUGAACCAGUUCCUCGCGGGGUCGGCCGCAGGCACCAUACAGUGCGUCAUCUGCUGCCCCAUGGAGCUGGCCAAGACGCGCAUGCAGAUGCAGGGCACCGGCGAGUACAAGUCCACGAGGAAGCACUACAAGAACUCCCUGGACUGCCUGGUGCGGAUCUACAAGAAGGAAGGGGUGCGGGGGAUCAACCGCGGCAUGCUGACCACGCUCGCCCGCGAGGCGCCCGCCUUCGGAUUCUACUUCCUCACCUACGACUGCCUCACGCGCUCCCUGGGCUGCGAGCCCGAUGACCCCUACAUGAUCCCCAAGCUCCUGCUCGCAGGGGGCAUGUCCGGGAUAGCGUCCUGGCUCUCCACUUACCCGGUGGAUGUGAUCAAAUCCAGGCUGCAGGCAGACGGGGUGGGUGGGGUGCUGCAGUAUAACGGGAUCCUGGACUGUGUGCAGCAGAGCUAUCGGAAGGAAGGCUGGUUGGUGUUCACCCGCGGUCUCACCUCCACUCUGCUGCGGGCAUUCCCGGUCAACGCCGCUACCUUCUCCACUGUCACGCUCUUCCUGAUGUACAUGAGAGGGGAGGGUGAGGGGGUGAAGGACUGCGAGCCGGCCCCAGUAACGCAGCAGCAGCAGCAGCAGCAGUCCAGUUUGUGACUCUCUCCUCCUCAUCCUCACACGCUGCUGCUGCCGUCCGCUUGAUCAUGCGGGAGCUCUGUUACUGAUCUGGAAUUUUAGGGAGAAUUCUUUUUUUUUUUUAAUAUAUGCAAGUUUAAAAGAGGUAGAACUGUAUUGAGUAAAGUUUUAAGGCAGGUUGUUCUUUCCUUUACAAAGCAGCUUUUUUUUAAUUUAAUUUUAAUUGACUGUGCUGUACAGAAAUAACUCUUGAUACGUUCAGGGCUGUACUGCUGUUAUAUAUAUUGUACAUUUGAUGUAAAUGUGAAACCACAGCAAAACAUAAAUCGCACCCUCUCCGUAGAUAUAAUGCUUAUUUACUGUUCAUGAAGCAGCUAGUGCAGUUUCUACAUUGCCCACAGAUCAGGGUCCAUUUCGGAAGGAUAUUUCAAAACUUGGUUUUGAAAUAAGUUAAUAAUAAUUUUCCUGGAAGGCAGAUUCAAGGGCUGAGCUCUGUAAGGCGAUGCCGGGUGGGCGGGUCUGCUUCAUGUGCUUCUGAUUUCUGAACCCGAGAAAUGUGCAAUCCAAUAUCCAAAAGAGAGCUUGUGUCCGAAAGAAAGAAAGAAAGAAAGAGUAGACAUUUGAUUUGCAGAUCUGUUCUAAAUCCUGUGGUUUGAGAUGUGGGCCAGUUAACUCAGUUUAAUGAGUUUGGUUGUUGCCCAGUAUAUAUAAAUACUUAUAUAAAUAUAUUUUAAUCUCCGUUACUACUAGUGGACUACUCAUUUCACAGCUUUAUUCCACUGCAGUAAUUUCUCAGCAUGGCCCCGUAUUGGCGAUACAAACCCCCAUUUGAUGACUGUUUGAAUGUGCAUCUGUUUUGGUGCGUUUUUAUUUUUUUGUUUCUAUCUGUAUCUUUUUUUUGUGCUGCUGCAAAGGCAUCAGCAAUGCUCAAUGUUUUACAGACAAGGUCAUUUGACUGAAGAAGUGGUGAUAUAAAUGUGCAAAUCAUGGCUUAAUGAAAUCAGCCUAGUCUCGAAAGCUGCACUGAAGCAGCUCUGGGCUUCCUAGACACUCUAUUUCACUUUACUACAGAAACAAUCUUGGACAGCUCUGAGCAGCUUUAGCUGGGGCCUGGUUGCUGUGAUUGCACUGAACCUUUUUCAAAAGCAUUUUUUGGGAGGGUUGGCUGUUACUAUGGGAGGCUCUUUUUUUAACCAGAACGAGGAUUCAUUUGAAAUAAAUAUCUCCGGGUCUAAUUGCUUUUCCUCCAAAAGAAGACGGUGUCGAUUUAUAAAUAUAACCAACAAAAUAAAUACUGUACAAUCCAAAAAAAACAACAAACCAGUCUUCCACUGAACCAGCUUUAUUUCCAGCAGAAACAUUGCUAACUAAAUGUUUGUGUGUAGAUUCAUGUUCCUGAACUCGCCGGCGUUGGACUGCAGUAUGGGGUGAUGUUCACAGGGUAUUCGGAAGCCAGUGUAGGGAACCCAGUUCAGAGAGCACGUCGAUGCCUGCUUCACGGAUCCGUUUCGUGUGGACAGAGUCAUGGUUGAAGUUCUCUGCGUUAUAAGCCAUGUCGGGACAGGUGCAAUAUUUGUCUGACCUGGAUUGUCUGACCCCAUAACUAACGUGUGCUGCUUUGUUUUUUCUUUAAGGGGGAGGGAUAGAGCAGGUCUGCUUGUUGUAGAAUUCUGCGUUGCUGAAACAAUGUAACCUUUGGGGAUCGGUUUGUACAGUAGGGAUUGCAGUGCUAGUGUGAUGGAGGUGAAGUGGGUGAGGCGCUGGACCGUGUGUUUCUGCUGUCUUGUCUGUGCGGAUGCCAACCUAAGCACAGCACAGCUCCUUGUACCAAAGUAAUGUAUGAAAAUAAAAUGCAAAGGGUUUUAAAGAA